CCAAAAGUGCAACAAUGCAUCAGGCCGAAGCUGAGGCCAGGAUGAACGUCAUUGCGCUUAUGCCAACGGAGCGCAGAUGCAUGAACUGUGCACAAUUCACGGAGGUGGAGAUCGCUGCAGGUCGGAGGUCCAGAAGGGAGACCUGCGCUCGAAUAACUGUGAUAUUCGUCAACCAGGUUCACGUGCGAGUUCAGAGGAUUCGAUGCACAUUGAUCUCACGGCGGAAGAAUGCAAAGACACCUCAAUAGGAGCUUCAGCCAACGAAGCUGCAUCUGCGGCUAAAGCUGCUGCCGUGCUCUGCCACAUCGAUGGCUGCACUACUGUCGCCGAAAAGAGUGACAAAAACGGCAUGUGCCAAUUCCAUGCCGUCAAGCCGCGCUGCAACAACAUCGGGUGCCUCAACUUCGCGCACUACAAUAGCGCGCUGUGCCUGAUGCACCUGAGUAGUGAUACUAAGGACCUUACCGACAAUUAGAAUACCAGGAACAACGACACAGUUGUCAGAGAUUCUGCGGUGACCAAGCAUAAUGUACGUGCAUGUUUAUCGACGGGCGACAUCACUGCUGAGCUCUUAGAAUCGAGCACUGCUCGACAACAAGAGCUACAGGCCCGACAGUACUGCGACGUCGUGUUGUCGGCCCGAUCCGAGCUCUUCGCCAUUCUGAGUGGAGGUGAUACACCUGAGACCUUCGACGCAGCUAUCGACGCGCCGAAUAGUAGACCCACAAUACAAUUAACUGCUCGCGACCAGCAGAAAAUCGCCGAGCAGUUUUGCAACGACACCGUUGCUGCUCGAUUGCACCAAUUCAUGAACACGACUGCGGCUUCCUCACCACCCGCGC